AUUGACGGUAGACGGGGUUUGGACGUUGGUGUGUUCGUUGCUCGCGCUUCAAAUGUGUUUUUAGUGUGUUCGUCAAUCUGAUUUGCAAAUAAUCACGGCUAGAAAAUGCUCACUAGACUGUUUUUAAUUGUGUCCUUGUUCAGUUUGUGUUUCUACCUCUACGGUAUAUUGUACACGAUCUUAAAUGUCGAGCCGAACUCCUGCACCAUGACGUACAUGUUCAAAUAUCCGCAGUUUGUGCGAAUUCACUUCAAGGAAAAUGACGACUUUCCAAAAUACGGACUGUAUGCUUACUCGGAAGGUGGUUUAACUGAGAAAGCGCGCGCUAAGGAAUUCACUGGUGCUCCAGUUAUAUUCGUUCCUGGUAAUAGCGGAUCACACAAACAGGCUCGAUCUCUAGCAUCUAUUGCUCUGCAAAAGGGCUUGGACAAUGGGUGGCGACAACAUUUGGACUAUUUCACAAUUGACUACAAUGAGGAAUACUCAGCAUUGUUUGGAGGCUACUUAGAAAACCAAAAAACUUUUUUAAAACAUAGUAUUAAAACGGUAUUGAAUCUGUACAAAAAGCUUGAACAUCGACCAACACAAGUGGUUCUGGUUGGCCACUCUAUGGGCGGUAAAAUCUCGGAAACUCUGUUAGCUGAUCCUGAAUAUACACCUUACAUCAACACGAUUAUAAGCAUAGCAGGGCCAGUAGAUCAACCUGUCAUAAAUAUUGAUCCUUAUAUUGAAGCGUUUUAUAGAAAUACAGAGAAUGCACUAUCCAAUUCAAUGCGGAUUAAUGAAAUAACCAAUACCACAAAUUACUGUGGCAAACAAAUUUCUACAUAUGUUAACAGCAAUAAAGAGAAGACAAAAUUACCCCUGGAUGACAUUCUGUUUAUUACAAUCGGAGGAGGCAGUAGAGAUUUCUUAGUGCAAUCCGGGUUAACUUCUUCAAAAUAUAGCGACAUUCAUGCACUGACUACUUCCAUCCCGUUGGUGUGGCUUCCAGUGGAUCAUUUGUGUGCAGUUUGGUGUAAGGAGUUGAUGCUCGUUAUAAAUCGUUUCCUUUACGAUAUUAUAUCGUACCAAAGGCAUAAAAAUGCCUACCGAUCGGGCCAGAGUUUUGUGAAGGAGAAAGACAUAAAACUGUCGAAAGCAUCCUAUCAUUUCGUGAAACCAACUCGCAAUCAACAAAGAAAUGAAAUCAAUAUGAUAUCUAACGAACAUAGCCUAGGCGACUGGGUCGAAGAUUCGCGGCGAGUGUUUAAUGUUGCUUUUAAAGAUGGCUUGAAAGAGACGCGAUAUCAAAUGAUUCGAUUACUGGACAUACCACAACAUCAGAUACUAACAGUGGAAGCAGUUAACAUUGAAUCACAUGAUUGGGUUUAUGGAUGUGCUGCAAUCGAAGUGGUGGGGAGUAUGAGAGUCUGUUCAAAAGCAACAUCCCUCACUCAUUUAGCAAAUCACUUACCAUCUGCCAAGCAUGAAAGAUACUUCCUUUCCGUCGACCUACAUAAGUUGAAGAGAGCUAAUCCUAAUUGGACACAUGUGCUGUUGCGUAUUGCACCCACUAGAAAACCAAUUUGGUUGAAUGUUGACAUCCACAGUCCUGGUGAUCGGUUGUUGCAAAUACAGAUGCCCAAAUGGUAUUCGUAUUCAAAAGUUUUAUUAAAGAAUGACACAAUGCUAGGAUCUUCAUUUUUCCGUUUGGCCCUCACAGGCCUUGAAGAGGCACACCAAGCAUUAGAGAUAGAAUUGAAACCUCGACGAUGCACUUCAGACGAAGAUCAUGCUGUGGCGGAAGUAUGUGUUCCGUGGACACGUGGUUGUGAAAGAUUUCAAUAUAUAACAUAUAAGCAACAUAAGUCAAUAAUGGUCAGUAGCACAAUACCUAAACCAUUAAAGUACAACACAUCGGAGAACCCCAUUUACAUAAAUCUUCAUUUGGAUCCAUCGUGCCGAUAUUCUGUGAGCAUGAAAAACUCGUUUGGAGGAACAUUAUCGCGGAUUUUCCUACAAUUCUCGCAUUGGCUGCCUGCUCAUUUAACCGCUAUUCUAUUUCUUGCUUUGCGAUAUCAAAUAUCGAUUUCACCUCAAGGUUCAGCUUUUAAAUGUGGCAAACUGCAUUCUGCUCUUCUAAGUUGUUCUCCGUUUUUCAUUAUAACCGCUACGCGUAUUUUUGCAAAAUUUAUACAAAGUGCCCGUGUUCUGCCGGAACCAGAUGAUUUUCAUCAAUCGAUGUUAGUCUCGAUAAUUAUACAUGGCACAGCCUUGGCGCUUCUCACACUGUUAACAGGGGGAGUUUGGUUAGGCAUUACAAUUUGCGGAAGCGUUCUUCAUAAGUUAAUAUUCAAGACUGUUCAACUACCAAUACCGCCAAUAUCCUCCGCCGUUGUUCCCAUCAUACAGAAAAUACCCGUAUCAGCAGUUGUCGUUUUAAUUUCAAUGAUGUUCGCCGCUUGUGGUGGCUUAGGAUUGAUUUGCGCUUGUGUUGUUCAUUUUAUCCUGAUGACAAAGAGGUACGAGGACUAUUUAGAAGAGUUUGUGUUCAAAACUGCAAGAAUGAUCGCCGAAAAACUUUUCGGGAAGAAAAGUCAUAACAACCCAGCAAGUGACGCAAAUAAUGAAACCCAACCAUCUGAUGAAAAAGUCGUAAGUGAACAAACUGAGAAGAACCAAGUAAAGUCGAAAGAAGAUUCUGAAAAUGAUGAAAAAGAGAGGGACGAUAUUGGAUUGGAAGCCGAAUCUAAUACUGAUCAAAAUUCCAAACAGGAACUAGAAGAAUCGGAAAGUCAGCCACAGCAAGAAAACCAGAGUCAGCUUGCCGAGCAGAAUACUUUAUCGAGCGCCGAUAUCCAAAAGUUAGGAUUGAGCAAGACCGAUGAAGACAUGUUAAACCGGAUCGAUCAGCUGAACGACGAGGAAUUGGAUAAACUUCUAAAGGAAACCAUUGAUAAACAGCGGGAAAUGAAUCGACAACGGCUUGAAGCAGAUGCUGCCAAACGGAAGGAAUAUGACUCUAUACAUGAAGGUUUAAGUGGAAUCAAUUUCCAUAUGACAUUAUUUUUGUUGCUGAUUUUAUUAGCAAUAAUGAACUUCCCGGCGACUCUGUCAUGGGCGAAGAAUUAUCAUUAUUCGCGCAAAUUAGUACCUGACCCAAGUCUCAUUCCUGGAACCAUAGUUCUCGCUGCAUUGGCUAUUAUAUGGCAAUUUAACACACCAAGGAAUAUCUGUGCAUAUCGUUUCGUAUCUGUUAUACUGUACAUCUUAGCCGCCAUCUGCAUAAUUUAUUGCCAAGACUCUGUUUAUCGCUUGAAUGCUGUUAUAAGCACCGCAUUUGUAUUUAUUGCCUUACAUCAAAUUUUCGCUCCAAAAAUCAAAGAGGCCAACAGCGAAGAUGAUGGAGAUGAUGAGCUCAGAGUUAGGAUUGAGAAGAUGAAAGCUACUUUGACAGACUCCAUAAUCGCAGAAGAGGGGUAAACUAAUUGUAAUCAGAAUUUAUAAUUUUAGAAAAUUACACAAAAAUUCUAGUCGUGUUAAAUAAAUGUCCCUAGAGUAAAGUUUAUAUAUGUACUCGUAUGUAAAUUCAUGUUAACUUAGUCAGGAAUUAAGAAAAAAAUAAUUUAAUAAGGUUAAUUGUAAGUUUCGGAGAGCACUCAAAAAUGUAUGAAGAAAUUUGUAUUCCAAAAUACAAUUCAGUUUAUGAGAAAAC